AUGGUGCCUCAUGCGACGGAGGGGUCAGGAGUAGAGCGUAGGCGCUCGUCGUCCGCCAAUCCGAAUGGCAAGUUCAAGUUCCCAGACUUACAGCCAGAGUAUGUCGAUGGAGUGCCGGAGGAGACGGCGGAAGAUAUCUCACGAGAUCGGACACCGCAGCCUCUUCCCAAUGGCUUGCCGCCGGGCUUGCAUUCAAGCGAGCGAUGGCCGUCCCGAAAGCGCGAUUGGAGCGCAUGGGCUAAAGGAGCGUCUGCGGACGGCGCAAGACAUUCCAAGCAGAAAAGCUUGACGGAGGCGAUCAGAACAGUCAGGACGCGCAAGGCGAGCAUCAGCGAGAACGCGCAAGAAAUUGCAGAGUCGCUCAAGGCACCUGUUUCAGGCAGGCUAGUAGUCCUUUGCAUGCUCUGGUACGGCUCAUCCAUCCUAACCAACACCUCUUCCAAAACCAUCUUGACCGCGUUACCAAAGCCUGUGACUCUCACUAUCAUCCAAUUCCUGCUUGUCGGCUUCUGGUGCGUCUUUCUUUCAUGGCUAGCGAAGCACAACAAGUCGGUACGGGACAGCAUGCCGGUGCUCAAGAACGGCAUUCGCAGACCGAACCGCGAUAUCAUCAUGGCAACUUUACCUUUGACCGCUUUUCAAAUUGGAGGCCACAUCCUGAACUCCGAUGCAAUGGCACGGAUACCUGUGUCUCUCGUUCACACGAUCAAAGGCCUCUCGCCCAUGAUGACCGUCCUGGCAUAUCGCGCAUUCUUCGGGAUCGAGUUCUCCGUGCCUACCUAUCUCUCUCUUAUUCCACUUACGCUUGGCGUGAUUAUGGCGUGCUCCGCUAGCUUCAAGGACGACAUCAUUGGCCUCGUAUACGCUUUUGGAAGUGCGAUUCUCUUCGUAACGCAGAACAUCGUAUCGAAGAAGAUCUUCAAUGAAGCCGCCAAGGCUGAAUCAGACGGUACUCCAAUGGCGCGCCGGAAACCAGACAAGCUUAAUUUACUUUGCUAUUCUUCCAUCCUGGCUUUCCUUAUCACGUGUCCCAUCUGGCUCUGGUCCGAAGGCUGGUCACUUUUUGCUGACUACAUGCACGAUGGCACAAUCGACCUACGCCAACGGCCUGGCGCACUGGAUCACGGCAGGCUGGCGCUUGAGUUCCUACUAAACGGUACCUUUCACUUCGGCCAAAGCUUAGUCGCAUUCGUGCUGCUCGGCAUGGUGACCCCCGUCACCUACUCCGUCGCGAGCUUGAUGAAGCGGGUGGCGGUCAUCAUGUUCGCCAUCAUCUGGUUCGGCAACCCCAUGUCGACCUUACAAGGUUUCGGCUUCGCCAUGACAUUUCUGGGUCUGUACUUGUACGACCGUACGUCCGAUGCGGCGAAGAAGGAAAAGGUUGCACGUGAGCAGCUCGAGAGCAGUCAGAUGUUGCUGCCUCUGAACGUAGCGGAUCUGAAGAGGAAUGAGCCGGUCUUUGCUGCGUCACCGCUGAGUGGAGCGGAAGACGUGGGUCAGCGCUCGUUCAGCGGCGCGAAUGGCUAUGCCAACGGCGAACCUGUUGGGAGUGGCAUUGGCAGGUCGGAGAUGGGCAGACAUGGUACGCCACCUGCAGUGAACGGGAUAACGAACAGUCUACCUCCGGGCACGAGGGCCGAAGACACUUGGAAAGCGGGCGACAUGGGCAUGCAAGAAGUUGCUGCAGUCAGAUGA